GAUUGAAACUACCGACUGGCCCUCACCGUCAUUCAAACUCGACAAAACCUAGGAUGGUUGACCUACGUGCGAUUCUCAUUGCUUCAUCACCCCAUCCGAUCCAUAACAGGCGUGUUUUGUCUUCGUCUAUCGUCCCGAGCGGGGCUCCUUCCAGGGGCGGGGGGUUGUGAUCUCUCCACCUGACAGGUCAGCCAGGGGCGUCGUGGCCCCAUUCCUCCUCAUGGCACCCCGGGCCAUCCGCUUCGAUUGAAACCGUUCGUUCGAUAUCGAUGGAUGCGACUUUUUCAUUUUGAGUCCAGAGCAGCACUCAGCAGCCGUCAAGGUGCUGUUCAAUUCGUGCAAAAUGGUGGAAAUUGUGAGGGAUGAACAGUUGGAGAAAGUCCGGCACUCCAACUUUCCCAAUCAUCCGUCUCUCAUCUCGAAUUCAUCAAUGGAGAUGAUUCCGGAAAAAAGCUCCUGCCUAGUAAUAAAUAGCCUUAGUGACAAAGUGACAGGUUUGGGCCCCUGUCCUAUUGAAGUUGGCAGUUGUCAUUGUGCGGACCGACGUCAACUCGAUGCAGUUAGGGCCGCAGCAGCAAGUGUCUUUCCUGCCGCUGUGAUGUUAGUGCAUCACUCCCCCGCCUUCAUCGCUACUUUCGCUGAGGUAGUUAAGACCUGCCCGGCCGUCCUUUGAGCUUCCACACGGCAUGCAGCGAGUGAGGAGAAAGACGGGACGCCUGCCGCCCGGUUCCGUGCAUGACGCUGCCGUGUCACAACUUCCCCACUUUCGUCCUCCCGCGCACUUCCCGUCGUCGACAUCUCACCAAUCGAGCGAACCCCCUCCCGAGGAUGUCCUGACCGAAAGCGACCUAGAGCUGGCAAUCACUUGGGAGUUCCAUUUUGGUAUGUAUUAGUCUUGUCCUCGAAGCUUACCUAACUACUAGACAACGCCGCGAGUCUCGGAGUUCCAAAAACAGCGAUGACCACCGCAACGGCAACGGCAACGGCAACGAAGAUGGCGUCGAUGACAAUCCACUAUGCCUUCAGAAAGCCUCAUCAAAUGCUGUCUCGACAAUCCGCACAAACUAGGCCGACCUUCCAAUGAGACCGGCGGUCACAUCGAGGGCACGCAGCCUGACGCAAUUGGUUCCUCCUUCCUUUGUCCUGCUUAUCUCGGCGUUAUUCCGCGAAAGUCUCGAAACCAAACCUACCUCUAGCAAUCAAAAGAACAACAAACCUCAUGGUUGAAUCGGCCAUCUACGACACUGACCAAGCCGGAACGCGAGUUCCUGUUCUGGAAUUUCUCCUACAUUCUUGUGGCUCGUCUCAACACGAAAGAAUGCGGAUAUCUUCGGGGGUUGCGACGUGCCAUCAAGCCUUGCACAUUCCCAGGGACAUUACACUACCCAGCGCAUUGAACACCCUCGCGUUACCACAGUUCACGUACCUAAUGGCCUUCCAGGACGCAAGGUACCCCUUCACAACAUUUCAUGCAGAUGACUUUCAACGCGAAUCAUAGGUGUGAUAGGGAUUCAACCCUCGCCAGAGAAGCAGAACCGACACACUCUUACCUUUCCACGACCAAAACAUUCCUCCAAAAGAGUGCUCCAACGACGACCAUCUCUAAUGAACUGCGUUACACCACAAAAAGACUCCGCGAUGAGCCAGAAAUCAUCAGGGUUAUGAUCUUCAAGCCUCGAAGUCUCAAUACUAGUGACAACUGAGGGCACACAUCGAUGCCCUUUCUUUGGCCAUCAGGGUCUUCCGGAUCGGCAGUGUCCCGGGCCGUCCCAUUGUCACAUUCCGAUUGGCAAUAAUUCUCAAGGCUGCCAUUCAAGCCUCCCAAGAACUCAGCUAUGGAGCUUUACAGCACUGGCACAUGAUCGACGUAACAUCUGGAGGAUGGCCCUUUACAGAAGUAGAUGCCAGCGGCGUCUCGCAUUUCGAGCUCGGCAAUGUAUCCUGAAAAGGACAACGGAAAGAAACAGAAUGCCGAUUUGGCGUGGGUUGUCCAAACGGUCAUUUCUCGACACAUUACUUAUUCAGCCUACAGGAGGAAUGUUAUCCAGAAGCUCCGGCGGUAACCUCAGGAUGGAAAGUCCAUAGCAGGAUGGCUGACCAUGGAAGAUUAUAAGUGCGAUACAUCCAUGUGAAGAAUGUCGGCUGGUCACUGCCAUCCAUGGUCCACGGUUUGGCGUCUCACUUCCCGCAACUUGCCUCACUCUCAGCUCGAUUUUGGCAGCCAUGCGUUCCUUUGCCCACGCCCUAGUGGCGUCCAUCGCUGGUGCUCUUGCCGCCACCAUGCACAUCAACGACUCAACUUUCCAGGACCACAUGGCACUGGCUGUGCUGGAGGGUUUGUCCGGGAUGGACGGUCAACAGAUGCCAGCGGUGAGCGGUCAACAUAACCUUGUCGAUAUAGUCAUGUCCAAGCUUGCCACCAUCACAAUGGAUACCGCCCCCACCGAUGCUGUAUCCGGCACUAAAACAUCAACCUUAGGGUGGCCAUCCUGCAAGGACACUCUGGCUUGCAACUUCAACUUCCUUUAGAAUGUCUCUUUGUCUGACUGGCUCAUCUACCUUGUCACCAUCCAGGUCAAACUCCUCGGCGGCCAAAACAAAAGCCAGACCCAGUUCAAGGCUAUUGCAGGACUAAUGCAAUACUUCAUCGACAAAAAUCUUCCCAAUCCCAAUAUUGCACCUUCAUACGGCUUCGCUGGUGUCCUUGACGGAAUCCAGCGUGGUACGGCCAUUGCCCUGGGGAAGUCAAAUGACACGUUUGGAAACCCUAGCUCUCCCAUGUAGGCAACUUUCCUCAGGAAAGUAAGGACUGGUCACUUCAGGAACAGAGCUGCUCACGACGCUGCUUGGUCUCAGGCUUUCCAGGUAGGCAUCAACUAUGGUGUUCAGACUGGUGACCGGCUUACCGGUACCACGGUUGUUGUCAAUGGUCACGUCGAGAUAGCAGAGCGCGCGGCUGUCCUAAAUAUUUUCGUCGCUUGGAGCAUUCUCGCUCAGAGAAUGAGGGCGCCAUAGGCCGUAUCUUCAGCCUCGCUCCCGUCAUCUCCCUGCCUCUGCUUCCCUACGGCUUCACAGCCGAUACGUUCAUCAACUGGGAUCUUCAAUGUCUCCGAUCCCAAGCCCCUGUACUGUCUGGUGGAUGCCGCCUUCAACGACCGUGCUAUUGCAGCCCUCAGAAUCGAGCCCACUACAUUUCUGAAUGACAUCAACAACUUGAUCACAAUCAUUCCAGCUUUUCUAAUGUGCUAUACGGUUGGAGCGAAUAUUUAAGUCUUGGGUACCGGUCUUUGUGUCCAACUGGAUGGGCCAGAAUGAUUGGCAAUGAGAACCUAAGCAAUGGAUGCUAGGCUUGGCUUAAAUACAAUACAGGGAGCACUGAAUGUGAGGUUUGCCUCUUGGUAUGGCUCACGGAGGAGAGAAUUUAGCUCAUUGAAAGUUGUGGUAUUAUAUCGCGAUGUGCUAGUUCUGUCGCCCACCUUUAAAUGCAAACACCAUGAUACUCCUU